AUGCACGCCAGCUCCUUCAUCGCUCUCGCCCUCGGUGCCACCGCCGUCUCUGCGGCCGCUCAAAAGUCGUGCGAUCCGGCCUGCCAGUUCCCCAAAAGCCUUGACUGCCCAGUAAGGGGCGGUGUUCACAUCGAUCAGAAAGAUCUUAUCGAUGCGGUUAAGGCAGGCGACAGGUCUCAACCACCGCGUGAGACCAGUGCAGCCAACCUUGCUACGAAGUAUUGCAGUGGGCUCAAAACCUACCCUCUCUGGGUUACUGGUUUGCCCAACAAUGCUGGCAGUGUUUACUAUGCCGUUUCACCCAGCGGUACCUUCUACUAUUGCGGCACUACUUCAGGAAGACAUCCAUCAGGCUGGCCCGACCAAUGCAAGGAGAACUUCUAG